ACUCUUCCACAAGCUCUUCUUGUUCCAUGUCAGCUUGAUUAGUCAACUCAGAUGUAUCAAGAGCAAGCUGAGAUUACCCAUUCUGAUCAUGGAGUCCACAAAAGCUUCAAAGAAAGCAGUCUAGUUAACAAACUUGUUAACAAUGUGUUUGAAACUUCUUCCCCCAUACAACCCGGCCUUUUCCCUGCGCCCCAAGUCCCGUGCCCUGCGCCCCAAGUCCCGUGCCCUGCGCCUCUGCACCAGCCUUGCUCUGCACCUGCUCCAGCGCCCCUGCUUUUCCCCAGAUCCCCUGUCUUGCACCCGAGCCUGGCCCCAAUCCUGUGCCUUCUGCACCAGAUCCCCUGCCCUUUCUGCGCCGAAUCGCCUGCACUCUGCACCAGCCAUCGCCGGCAAUCAUGCCCUGCACGCCCGAGCCAUCAUACCCCCCCUACGCCCCUCUGCUGCACCAAAUCCCCUGCCCCCUUCUGCGCUCGAAUCGCCUGCGCUCUGCAUCGCAUUGCCGGCAAUCAUGCCCCUGCAUGCCCAAGCCAUAGCCAGCCAUCAUACCCCCCCUACGCCCCUCGGCUGCAGCUCGAUUCGCACCCCUUUACGCCUCCUGCUGUUGCACCGAGCUUGGCCCCCAAUCCCCACCUCUACUGCACCGAGCCUACAGCCAUGCCCCUACCUCACCUACCUAGACAAAAUUGGCAUCAUUGGUGAGUGACAGAGCAAAGCCCCCCCUUUUUUUAAUUUCAUUUUUUAUUGUUAUUUUUAUCCUUUUGGGUGUAUAUAUAAAGCAAAAGGCAGAGGUCUUUGGGUGGAUUUUGGCUGUUUGAUUUUGGGGGGAUAUAUAUAUAUUUUU